UGGGCUGGGCUCGUAAUUGUACGCCCACGCAAAACUCAAACUCCGCCCUUUUGCUAAAAGAAAAAGAUGGCCUCGGAAGAGACUGAGAGACAAAUAGAACAUCUGAGGACAAGGAAAGGCGUUAAAUGUGUCAUUGUCAUGAACUUGCAAGGUGAGCUAGUGACUACUUCAGUUAAUGAGAAAAGCUUGGAUGAUGAAGCAGUUGAAGCUUACCACAGACUAGCCUAUCAAAUACUCAGUGGAUUGAAGGCAUCCAUUAAGCAAUACAGUGCACAGGAGAACUUACAGUACACUAGAGUGAGACUCAAGGACUCUGAAGUUGUCAUUGUCCCAGAAGAGAAGUUUGUUGUAGCAGUUAUUCAAGACCCCACUGCUGCCUAAUAAUGAUGAUUUAUAAGAUAAUUAAUCAUAAAUAAACAUUUACAAUUAUACAAAUACAACGAUGCUAUAGAGAGAUUAAAUAAUAAUAAUAAUGUA